AAUGACCUAUUUUCGCUCUUUUAUUCUUUGUUUGACUUGUUAUUAGAAGCGCAGGUCGGCUGAGUAAGCAAGGCCGCCAAGAGUACUUUUCAUUCGUCACAACUAUUAUCCACUGACGAGGAUCCAACAUGAACAGAUCAGUUUUUUUAUAUUCAAUAAUUCUUGUUUCUAUCCUUUCAUUGUCCAUUCAUGUAAAUCUUGGGCAAACUAUAGUYAAAAGGCAUCGAAAUCGACGAAGCAAUAGCGAAAWUAUCGAAAUCUCAGGCUACAUUUCCUUCGAGCGGCCACCGCACKAUAUUCCUCCAAACUCUAAUCUCAAAGUUCAGUUGGUUGACGCACGGGUAGCUGACAAAGCCAGCAUCACACUUGCAGAUACGUUYGUGGAUAUAAGCGGUUAUAAGAACGGUACUCCAUUGUUCUAUAAUAUAACCUCGAAGAAGCCUGUUGGRCACYGCCAAUACAACGUCGCUGCCGUGUUGAACAUGGGRUGGAAGCCGGCAGUAGGCAGCGAUGAUUGGAUCAGAAAUGGGGAUUAUCAUACAGCAACACUUCAUGGGUUUCAUYUSAAUGUGACUACAAGCAAACACAAGUAUGUCAAGAAUAUUACAUUGGAGUUAUUUCAUCGCUCGACUGGUAAUCUGAAUACGAGUAACAGUGGCCUAAUGUUGGUUCUAGUGUUUUUUUCUUUUAUCUUUCUUCGUUGUUGAGCUGCAAGCAACUGUUUUUAAACAGUCAAGAAAAAAGUCAAAGUGGUUACCAUGGUGAAGCUAAAACUGUUUUCUCUUUAGCGAUAGUUAAUGCAAUAUUUAGACGUCACUUGAAUUUAGUUCAAAGCUGCUUAGCAGUUACUGAAUAGCUAGUAUUUGAGUAUAUUUCAAAUUUUUAUCGUUUUAGACGUUGAAAAACUCUUUUUUCAAAUUGUAUAUUACACUUGAAUUAAACAA